ACCGCCCGCUACACCUUUCUUCCCUCCUCUCUCAAUCUUCAAAUUUCAGCUCAAAUUCACACGAGGAAGAUGAGCGAGCAAGAAUUCCAAGACGAAGACACCAUCUGCCGGUCCAUGCACCACCUCAGCACCGCCGCCUCCCUCCACCACCUCCACCAACCCACCGCUGCCGCCGCCUCUGAAUCGCCGGAAGUAUACACCACCACUAAAAGACAGUAUCCCCUGUCCCCUUCGUCCUUUCAGGAACCGCUUCCGAAGAGGGCCAACCUCCACUACCCUUCAUCGCCUUCCACCGCCGAUGGCCGCGACCUUUCUGGAUUCACGAGGCUCCCGCUCCCACACCCAUUCCCCGCCGCCGCCGCCUCUCUACCUCCUCUCCGCCGUACGGUCUCCGAGCCCAUACGCGCCGCCGACGUCAUAAAUUCUUCAGCUCCGCGGGCAUUUCCUACUUGCCCAGGUCCGGUUUCCAGCCAGCCGCAAGAAUACCCCAAUCUAAACCCCAUUCUUCAAGAUUCGCUUCAGCUUCCAAUUGCUGCGCCAGUUAUCCAUCGCACAGUUUCCGAUCCCAUUACCCUCUCCAAUCACCAGGUGGUGGCCACCGGCAGUACGCCGCCGCACUGUCAUCGUCCGCCUCUGGCAAGAAAUGCUCAAAGGUCUCCGAGCUGUGACGAGAGCCCUAAUACCAAAAGGCUGAGGAGGAUGAAGGAGCGCCUGAAAGAGAUGAGCCAGUGGUGGAAUCAAGUGGUGCAUGAAGAUGAGGGAGAAGAUGAUGAAUCUGAAAAUGACUUCAUAGAGAACACUCAAAAGGAAGAAGCAAAAGAUGAUGAAGUGGGAAAUCCAUCAAAUGAAGCUGUUUGGGUCGAGAAGAAUGGAGAAUGCUUGGUCCUCCAUUUCAAGUGCCCUUGUGGUACCGUUUAUCAGAUUUUGCUUUCUGGGAACAACUGCUACUACAAACUGACUAGCUUCUGAACUUCUAUUUCCUGAAUAAUGUCCCACCCCACUGUCCUUUCAUUACCCACAAAUAAUCUUUACUUUGAAGAUUUUCAGGUCAAAGUACAUAUCCCUUUUGUCUGCUGGCUAUUUUCUUCUUAUUAGAAGUCGGAUUAGGUCAUAUGAAUAUACCAUUAGGCAUGUCUAUAGUUGGUUUCUUUUACGUGGACGAAGAAUCAUCAUGUGAUAAUCCUAAGUCCUAUGCAUUCUGCCUUCUGAUGA